AUGAACAGCUCCGUGCCUGGCAGCCAGCUGAGACAGCCCGAGCCGCAGGACGUGGCCGCCGUCACUCCCGUGUCGGUCGCCAGGGCCGUGACGAAGAAGGCGGACGCGCUGCCCAUGAUCUCGGUCAUCGUGGUGGUCUUCGUGCUCCUGGCCGUGUUCAUCAUCCUCGUGGUGCACUACGGGCCCCAGCUCCGCACCGUGCAGAUCACCCUGUACCACGAGCCCCUGCCGCAGGACCUGCACGACGGGGUGCACCUCACGCGCUGGAAGCAGCUGGACCCCCAGAGGAGGUGGGAUCUGCCUGGCAUGGAUCCGGCUGGAGGGAGCUGCCAGUGCUCCUGCAAGCACCACCUUCCCGGCGGGAGCGCUGAGCCCAACGUCAUCGAGGUCACGUACCUGUGA